CUUGGUUUUGUUUUGAACAUUGAAGGAAGAAAGAAACCGAAAAAAGACAAGACAACGAAGCAAUCAAGGCUUUCUCUCUUGGACUCUUCCUCUCUUCCACUCCUUUGUAUUUACCAUCAUCUUCAUUGGAGAAUCCAAAACACCAACAACCUUCCUUGCUUUUUCACUCCCCAAUUUCGACCGUCUCUUUUUCACUCUCUCCAUUUCUGUCAAACUGUCUCUGUCACAGACUCAAUAAUUGAACCCAACCUACCAAACCCUUCUCAAUCACCGAACAGGAAGAAUCACAGUACACCUAUCAAGUGCAGGGUUCUUCCACGUGCUGCCUGAAAAAAAAUACCAAUUUUCAGGGUUUGUUCUUCGUUCACCCCAACCCUGUAGUUUUGUUCGCUAUUUUGAUUUUUGGGCAUGCGCUGAAGCGUGCAAGUUUUGAUUUUUAUUUUGUCGGAUCGGCAUGGAACCCGAACAUUCUGAUUCGAACUUGCUGUUGUUUCUGCCGGACGAUGUUUUCGCCGUUGUUUCUCGCUUCCUGUCGCCGAGAGACGUGUGCAAUCUGUGUCUGUGUUGCAAGAGUUUGAACGCUCUUGUGGCCUCUGAGAAACUAUGGCUCACGCAAUGUGACGAUUUGGGCAUAGUGACCCACAAGGAUCUUGUGGAAUGGAGAAAGGGUGUGGCUUCUUACAAGGCGCUUUGUCGGUUUCUGGUGGGUGUGAAACCAUUGAUUGGAAUAUGGGUUCACCAGAAUCCUGAGCUUGGGAACGUGGUGUAUGUGAUGCCUGGUUUCGUCUCUGUUGUUGGGUGCAGGAUAAUUCCCCAGGAGCUUGGUCCUUUGGGGAUUGAAGAGGGUCCCAUACUGUGGGCUUCUGUGUUUGAGGUUGUUAGUGAUUAUGAUGGUUCCAUGAUGUUUUUUCUUCAUGGGAGGGAGAAGGGGGUGAAUUAUGUUUAUCCCGGUUCGGUCAAGCUUACAGAUAAGUCCUGUAAUGUACUGUUGCUUGAGGUUGAACCUGGGGGGUGUGGCAGUGUUAGUGCUUUGUUGCAGAGUAAGAGCUUUGUGCAUUACUCGGGCUUGGAGUCUUCAUCGUCGAGGAAGGUUUGUAGGUCAAUUAGCGAUGUUUCUAGUUCACAAAGGGUGGUUGGAAAUGCUGAAGGGAUGGUUGGUUUUGGGAAGUUAGCUUUUAGUGAUAGGAGAAAGUUGCUUGAGGUUACUACUAGCCAUGUUCGACAAAAGGUUCCGGAUAAGAUGAUUGGGCCGUUGUUUCCUAGGUUGAGGGAUGAUGAGGAGAAUUUUCAGAAGGAUUUGGCGCUUUUGUGGGAAAGAAGAUCACUCCUUUGUCAAAUGUAUAAGGCUGGUAGUGGUGAGGUUGAUGAGUAUAAUAAGUUGAGUUCUCAAGAGGCAGUUGAUCCAACCCAGUUGGAAUUGGGUGAUGUUAGGGCGAGAUUUGACCUAAGGUCUAUCUCUCAUCCUCUGCCCGAGGAGGAUGGUAACACCCAGUGCAUCAAGAGGAAAGGCCUUAGGGGAUAUUUCUGGAAUGGCAUUAAGCAAAUGCUUGGAAGAUCAAAUUCAAUGAAUGGCAAUCAUUCAGUUUCCAAGAAGAAGCUUAUGUCAAGCGGUGAGAUUAGGCAUGCACGGCUUCAAGAAUUCCUUAGAUCGAGUGACACAGUAAGGCUAACGUUAAAAGCAUCAACUGUGAAGCUAUCUUCUUACCGGGCAUGGCCAAAUAUGCACGACAGUAGGUUUGCGCUUUACAAGUUGCCAUUGCGAGUUCCUAGAGAUGACCAAGAAUAUGCUGGUUUAUGGGGAGGAACUUUUGGUUGGCCUCCUGGAAAACCUUCUGAAGACAAACCUGGAAAGGCUUUGUUCUUUCUCCUGCUCUCUUAUGAGGAGUUCCAGGGACAACAGCUUCUCAUUGCAACCAAGAUUUUGGAAGGCACACACUAUGUUUUGCAUCCUAAUGGUUCAGCAAUGUUCACAGCAAAUAUCAAUGAACCUUCGUCCGAACCCUUUCCCUGGGAUACCGAUGCAGAUUUGGUUCCUGUGAAUGUCGACCAUGCUUUUGUGGGAGAGGGUAUUGCAAGUGGUUAUGGGUUCAGAUACCCUGGAUCAAAGCCUGGUUCCCUCUUUGUAUUUCAAAAUGGCAUCCUUGCUUUCAUGUGGAAGGAGUCAAGAGUUGUUUUGACCUUGCAAAGACUUAACUUACAAGAACUUUUGAAGAAGGGUGAAAGGGUAUCUUCUCUGCCUCCGGUUACCAAUUUUUCAUAUCUGACAAAGUCCUACUCGAAUGUGUUUGCUGGCCUCCCCAGCUCUUCCAAUUUUUUGUCUUCACCAAGGAAUGGAUAGUAGUAUUAAGGACCCUUUUGAUGUGGGACCAGAUCAUGAUUAACAAUGAAUAUAUUCUACAAGCUUCCUAGCUGUUGGUGACUGAGGGAAUUACAUUGCUUGUGGAUGUCACAGAGUAAAUUUUCCCUGCUAUGAUGUUUUCAUGUUACUGCUUCUUGUGAUUUGACAAGUAAUGUAUUAUGAAUGGCUUUUGUUGUGAGUUAGCAUCCCAUGUUCUAUAGGAAUAUCAGGCUGUUUAUUGUGCUAUAUACUGAAGAAUGAAAUGAGGAUCUUCAUAGUCUUUCUCUCUA